AUGUCAAAACUUCGGCAUUACAGGUCCAUGGAUCAGCCAAGCACCAGCGUGGUUAUACGCAAAAAGACCAUGACAGCCGUGUGCUUCGUCUGCAACCUGCCCAUCAUGUCGCACCAGGUGGGCCUGGUGUGGCAGGGCGGAAACGGCUGGGACGACUUGGUGCGGGAGCAGUUGGAGGAAUCAACAAUACGACAGCGUCUCGGUGGGCGACGCGACUCGGCGGCCCAAAUCACUACACCGCCAAGUACAUCCCCGCCACCUGGACUGCAGCGCCGGCGCCGAAGCUCACUAGCUCAGUUAACUGACAUAUUGCGGGAAUGGAGUGGCGGCGCCGCCAAGCAACAGGCGACGCAAGCAGCGCGCAACAAGGCGCAGCUGAAUCGCCGCGAGACCUUAGCCGAUCUGGCCCGCAGCCUACCCUGGCGUACGUCCACCACUGACGCAAGCACCGGAGCCGGUGGCUCAGGUGGCAACACUACCUAUAUAGCGCCGCGGAAGCGCCGAGAGUCCAGCGCCGACUCCGGCAUACGCAGUAUGCGAUCGCGGCGAGACUCCAAUACGGCCGAGUUUGUAAAACACUGGAACAGGCGGGAGAGCACCACAGUUGAGGAGCCCAGCGUCAUUGUGCCCGCGGUGGUUGAAUGUACAAAAAGCGCAUCGCGACGCGGCUCCGGCGAAAGCUAUCUUUCUAGCAGCCGGCGCGACAGUUGCGUAGCCGGCCGAGUGACAACGCCACCACCACCAUCCAAGCACCAAAUGACCAAGAAGCGUGACUCACUCGCUGCUCCGGACUUUCCCAACUUCCGGCAGGAGCAGCGUCCUUCGACCAGCUCUGCUGGCUCUUGUUCAGACUCUGUGCCACUAAUCUCUACCACCACUUACCACCAUCAGCAGGUGGACUCCGCCUGUCAGGCCCUACCACCUCCUACUAUCAUCACCAGCUCGGUGACGCCGCCAGCCACUAGCCCCACCGCACCCAAGGGUCGCCGUGAUUCAACCACACAAUGCGGCCGUGUCAACAGGAGAGACUCUAAGCCUGGCAUUAGUCCAGAGAGAGCGCCACGUUUGCAACGGCUACAGCGCCAGGCCACCGCAUUUGAUGAAAGCUGUCUGCCUGGUGGAAGCCGUCGGGGAUCGCAGCCUGCACUGAGUCCAGAUCCACCCGAGGACUGUGAGCGGCGCACGUCCCGCCGCGACUCACUAUCCCCGGAUAGCGCUUCAAGGGGAGCCCGCCGUGACUCACGAACACAUCUAUCUCCUGAUCGAUCUCACGAGCCCGACGGCAGCCCACGGCGACAUGCGCUGCGCCGCCAAAGUUCUUCAGCAGCCCGGUCACCACGGUCGCCCGACUCAAAUAGUUGCUGCUCGUCACGUGAUCCCAGCCCGUGCUCGCGUCCGCCACCUAUUCCCACCGUUGAACAAAAUCAGCGGCCGGCUAUUCGGCGCCAAUCUACAACCGAAGAAAUCUUAAUAGCGCGCGGAUUCCGGCGCCAAUCCACUACAGAGGAAAUGAUACGCUGCCGCAAUUUCCGGCGUCAGAGCUCACAGAGCGAUGACGUGUGUCGCUACCGCGGACGUCGCGACUCUUCUGCACAAAUUAUCGACGGCACCAUUGGAACCAUGACUGUGGAGACAACUAGCACUUUUUUUGAUUCCAGCACCCAGACAGAACCCUCACCACUCUACGAUAAUAAUCAUUAUCAUGAGGAAUGUCUACGCUGCAAUUCGUGUGGUUUAAACUUGACUGGUCCGAACCAGAAACGCGCUCGAAGGUUCAAGAACCAAAUCCUGUGCGACCUGCAUUUCGCCGACGUGGCCCUAAUGGAGUGCUCCGAUUUCAUGCAACAGCUGCGGAGCUUCAAGCCACAAUCGCUGGGCUGCGCGGUCGCCAGGCGCAAGAGCUCAACGACGUUAAUAUUUCCACUGCCGCCGCAGGCAUGUUCAGACGAAUUCUGCGAGGAGUACCCGCAUAAUUUAAUGCCCACACCUGGCUAUUGGAUUGAGUGCUCGCGUCAGAAAAUAACGCUGCCCACGCCACACACAAUUUGGGAUGAGAGUGAUUCCGAGCAUGAGGAUAUACGCGCUGGCAGCGCAAAUGAUGCCUACUUGGAACGGGAGUGCAGUGAUCUUUAUGAGGACGAUGAGGACUCUGAAGCAACGCCAAGUCCUAGAAAGAAGACGACCAUUGAAGAGCAGUGGGAUCAGCAGGGGGCAUUUGAACUCAUCUCCGUUGAACAGGAGACCUACGAGAAGUACUUCUACGGCACUGAGCACUGGAAUUAUUUUACAAGUGAUGAAGACCUGGGUCCAGUGAUACUUUCUAUCAAGCAGGAGACACUUAACGGUCGGGACCAGUUUCGCAUACUGGUGCGAGCCGGCUCCUACACCGUACAUGGACUGAUACCGGCGUCUUGUGUGUUUGCCGAUAGAUAUAAUCGGGAGGAGGUAGUUAGAUCUUUAGGUAAAGAAGUAAAUUUAAAUCCACCUUUAACAUUAGGGCAAUUACCGGAUACGCCAGAGGAAUUAUUAAAAUUAGAUCAGGUUUUUAUAAAAUCAGAAUUAAAAGUUGGCGUUAUUUUUGUUAAAGAGGAUCAAUAUACAGAAGAACAAAUUUUAGACAAUAAUGAAAAUUCAGCGCUCUUUGAUGAAUUCCUAACGCUGUUAGGCGAUCGCGUGCGUCUACGCGGUUUCGACAAAUACAAAGGUGGCCUUGACACGGUGCAUGACCUAACAGGUCUCUUUUCUGUCUAUACGAACUGGCGCAAUAUCGAGAUAAUGUUUCAUGUAUCCACACUAUUGCCCUAUGAGAAGCACGAUCCACAAAAGCUACAGCGCAAACGUCACAUUGGCAACGACAUUGUCUGCGUCGUGUUCUUGGAGGCGGACAACACUCGCUUCAGUCCCGCCUGUAUAAAGAGCCAUUUUCUGCACACAUUCAUACUGGUUCGCGUCUCAGCGCGCAUCAAACACAAGCCUACCCGCUAUGAGGUGUCGGUGGUGACGCGGGACGAAGUGGGUGCCUACAAGCCAUACCUCUGGGAGCAAUCGGUGUUCGAAAAGGGUCCCAUGUUUCGCGAAUGGCUGCUAACAAAAAUCGUGAACGGCGAACGUGCCUCGUACUCGGCACCGAAAUUCGCGCGCAUGCAAGAACGCACACGGUCGCAAAUGCUUGAAGAUUUGGUGAUGAAUCUAUCGAAUCAUGCCGAAACCGGGCAAAUACCGAAACCCUAUAGACGCGGCUCCUGGCGACCGAUUGGUCAUAUGCGACCUUCCUCGCCGCUGCUGGACUCGGUGCGGGAUCAAUUUGAGGACUACGAUCAGCUGGCCAAAGACUUUACGCGUGUAUUUCUAAAUGAAGAACCAUCGUGCCUGACCAAUGCGCAUCUGUUUGAUGUCGUCUUCCUCGUGGGACAGUCAAAGCAGAAAGCACGUUUUAUAGGAGUGCGCGCUAUUCUGGGUGUGCGCAGUCGCGUCUUUCAGGAAAUGCUGUAUGGCAUACAGACUGGCUUUGGAUCGCCGCAGAUACCCGUAGCGGAGAUCUUUGCGCGACCCGCUCCCUCACUGGUUUCACCGCAAAAUCAAAAACCCAAGAGUAACAACUACCUUACUGUGCCCGACUCCGACUCCAUACGGCCGAAGAGUGUUCCCUCAUCACCAAUGGUAAAGCGUGCCUUUUCGCGACUGGGAACGAUCACCGCCGGCUGGGGACGAUCUAUACGAAAUAAAAACACAAAUCAACUAAAUCCGGAUGACAAAAAGAAGUGGAUAUCAUCGACAGAUUGUUCGAACAGAGAUAGUAAGGACAAAGACAAGGACAAACCGGGCAACAAUCAGCUGGCCGUGCCGCGUCUAUCUGUCUGCGCAGACGCGCAGAAGGUCGAUCGUGCAAAGCUGGCACAAACGGAGUUCAAUAUCAUCGAGUUUGAUCCGGACACAUUCCGGGUGCUAUUGGACUACCUUCACACAGGCACCUGCCCACUGACAUGUGUCUCCAUUCCAGGUCUGUUAUGCGCCGCGGAGCACUAUGAUCUGCCCGAGCUGUUACAAGCCUGUUUCCACCACUGCAAGCAGUUCCUGCGCAUCGAGGUCGUCUGUCCAAUGCUCAUCUCGCUGGAAAACUACUACUGGCGCUACACAUCCGCUUCCGAACUAGUCAACAUGAUACUCUCGUUCGUGGAGAGCAAGGCGCAUGCGUUGUUCAAGUGCCCCGAGUUCCUACAGCUCUCCGAGUCCAUGGUGCAGAUGAUAAUGUGUCGCGAGCUGCAAACGCCCGAAAUACGAAAGUUCGAAGCGAUGCUCGCCUGGGCCCAGCACAAGGUGGCCAAACUAAAAACCCAUCCGAACAAGGACACUCAGUUCGAGUUCGAGUGCAUCAUGGAACGACUGACUCGCGACCUCAAUCUGUGCCGCAUCUCGCCCAGCGAGCUGCUCACCGUCGUGCUGCCCUCCAAGUCUAUGAAGAACGAACGCAUCAUGGAGACACUGAUGGUACAGGUUAAUUUGGGCACAUAUCGGAUGCCAGAACUGGAUGCGUAUCGCCAGCAGUUGCGACAGCAAGAGUCCGCCGAAGCGACCGUGCAAGUACACCGGGGUGGAUGAGAUAACAUCGUUCCAUCACCCACGAUUAAUCCAAAAACUUCUAUCACCGCCUCGCUGGCCACCUCGCUGGAGCAGCCGCAGCAGCGUGACGCCACCGAUGACGAGGUCGAAUUAUACGCUGGCUUCGAUGCUGGUCCAACCACCAGCCGAGUGGCCGCCCAAAUGCAAGCGGCCAAGGAGGCGCGCCGCAAGCGAUGGGCCGGCGACGGCGCCAGCGGUAGCAGCGAAGGCGGCUGCGGUAGUGGCAGCAGUGGUUGCGGCGGUCGGCGUUACUAAGUUCCAUUGUUGCUAUGUUGCCCGCAUGUGCCCAACCCCAGAAACCACACCCCCAACAGAGCCCCACGCCAUCCGAAUUGAAACUGACAUUUUUAGCUCUUACAUUCACCCCGCCAAGCACCGAGAGCAAACCUAAGCGAUGAGCGAUCACCCCUUUAUGCAUUUUUCAGAAACUGUUUACAUAAAAUUAGAAUAUGUGCGCACACACAUACACGCAUGCAUAUGCAUGCAUAUGGGUGGAGAUUGUGUGUGGGUGUGUGUGUGUGUGGGUGUGUGUUUGUGUGUGUGUGUGUGUGUGCGUAAUAAAAUUGUGUGCAUAGGCAUUAGCAUAUGCCAUAUUGUUGUUGCCCAAACAUGGACAAGGCAAGAAUCCAACUAAAACGCUUACUGAUGUAAAACAAAGACUAAAAAAACAUUUUUUUAUUAAACAUUAUUGAAAGUGUAAGCUGGACUAGAUGUGGCUAAUUAAUAAGCCACUUAUAGUUACCAUAUGCUAGCCCCCCAUCCCUAGACACCUCUUCCCACCCUACUCACUUAUACUCCACUCCUCUCCUCUCUCAGCUCCCCAUAUAAAUACAUACAUACAUACAUACAUAAGUGUUUAAAAGACGAAACGUAGCUCGUCAGAUGUUAUUAAAGUCUAAGUACAAAAGAGUUCAAUACAUAAAUGUAUUUAAGAAUUUACUAAA